UGGCCAGCAGCGCAUUACACAGGCGGCGAUGUGGAGGUCAGUCGCUCAUCAGUGCCGAGCAGUUUCUCCCCUUAAACCCCUAUCUCUGCUCGUCGUCCAGAAAACUAACGGGAUUUCUCAUCGCACUCCAUCGGUGUAAUCCCGCAAGUCACGUCUCGCUGUGUGGUUUUCAUUUUUCAGGUGGCAGGUGUCCCGGUGCGUAGUCGUCCUCAAACCGGACAAGUGAUGCUCUGAGCUGCACUGUUGCUGCGCUGUCGCCUCGCAUCUCUGCAGCAAAGCGGAUAGGGAAAUGGUGCCAAGCUCAACUCUCCGGUGGCAUUCAGAGGUUAGACUCUCACUCAUCAGAGGGUCAAAGCCACAAACACAUCACCCCCCCACCUCCUGCCUGGCGAGGGUCCUCCUUCUGCCUGCAUCCAUCUGAACUGCAGUGAGGACAGACGGGAAACUUACACAGUAGUGGAACUGCGUGUGAGUGUGUGUGUCAGCGCUUCAGUGCCUCUAGUGUUCCCUCAAGCCCUCCACUGUGUGUGUGCAAUGAGGUGUGUGUGUGUCAAGGUGGAGAGUUAAGAAGACAGGACCUGUUAAAGUCAGCAAAGUCUGCUAGUUUGUGUCCGGGCUGAGCAGUCCAUGCACGUGACUCUGUGUGAUUGUUUGUGUGUGUGAGUGUGUGUGUGAGGGGCUACUGUUGACCAGGCAAUGAGUGCGUCUCAGAGGGAGAGGCCGUUCGAUGCUGAGUUGAGCUAAGGGAGCAGAACAGGAGAAUCUGUAAGAAGAGCAGCCAUGGGGCUCGGACAGUCCAGCAAGGCUCCGGUCACCGAGGAAUCAGACGAUGUGAAUUUUGACCACUUCCAGAUCCUGAGAGCAAUAGGAAAAGGAAGCUUUGGAAAAGUCUGCAUUGUGCAGAAGAAGGACACAAAGAAGAUGUACGCCAUGAAGUACAUGAACAAGCUGAAAUGUGUGGAGCGGAAUGAAGUGAGGAACGUCUUGAAAGAGCUGCAGAUAAUGCAGAACCUUGAGCACCCUUUUUUGGUCAACUUUUGGUAUUCCUUCCAGGAUGAGGAGGACAUGUUUAUGGUGGUGGACUUGCUCUUGGGAGGAGACCUGCGCUAUCACCUCCAGCAGAACGUCCAUUUCUCAGAGAGCACCGUCAAACUCUACAUCUGUGAGCUGGCCCUGGCCCUGGGUUACCUCCGUACGAAGCGCAUCAUACACAGGGUCGUCCAGGGCAUCUUGGAGAAGUGGGUUCGAGUGGACCUGAGGGUCCUCGGGGGGGAACGGGACCCUCAGGGCCCAAAGGAGAGAAGGGCCACCUCGGAUAUAAAGGACCUUCUGGACAGAAAGGAGACAAGGGGCCUAUGGGAGUGCCUGGGUUCCGGGGAACUGAUGGAGUACCUGGUCACCCCGGUCUGGACGGGGGAAGAGGACCCUCUGGACUGGACGGCUGUAACGGGACGAGAGGAGAAGCCGGAGACCCCGGUUACGGGAUCGGAGCGCCCGGACCCGCUGGACUCUCUGGGCCUUUUGGGCCAAAGGGUCAGAAAGGAGACCCUCGAUACAUCUCGGACGACGGUUCCACGAGUUCACCAGGUUAUCCAGGACAAAACGGUCAACCUGGAAUCAGAGGUCCUGAGGGUCCGUCCGGUUACCCCGGUCCAAUGGGGCCCGAGGGAUACUCUGGCCCACCUGGUCCUCCCGGUCUCCCAGGGCCAAUGGGGAGCCGCAGUGACGGAUAUGAAGGAGAGAAAGGAGACAAGGUAUGAUGCACGUAGACUCAUUCAGUUGUAGAGAUUUAUUC